AUGGAGUCGCACGCGAAACCACGCCGUAAAUGCUGGAUAUGUACUUACCCGGGAUGUAAAGAGCCACCCAAAACACGAUACAAUUGUUACAGCCACACUUGGGACGCACACUUGCGUCACUUGAACGGCGAGAAAGACCAAUAUAAACGAAUAAAAGAAAGUGAGCGGAAGGAUGCGAUGAAGUUAUGUGAGAUGUAUGUGAGGUAUGUCGAGGACACUUCGCGUGGGAAAUUGUCCGACAAAAGUCCACAACUUCCACCGAACAUAUCUGAUAACAUGGAAAUGACUGAGAUGACUGAAAUGAAUUCUCCAUUCAUGCCACAAGUCCAAAUGCAACAAAUUCCUUAUGUCAUGGACCCAUCCCUCAAUUAUAAUGUUAUGAACAGUGACUCGUUCAAUUCUUUCCCAUCAGAUCACUCCCCAAUGUCAUCAAAUAACGUAUCAUCUGUUAAUGUAUCAUCCCCAAUCGAUCACUCUUCUACUUCCCCUACUGGUGUACAACAAGAUUCACAUACCAAUUCAAAUGGAUCACAACCAAAUACAGCAAAUGCAUCUGAAAUCGCUCUGCCAGAGAUACAUAAUGGCUUUCAGGUUAAUACCCAAAACUACUUCUUCGAUGGGAUCAAGAAUGAAACACCACAGAGUGGAAGUACUCAACAACAAGUCCCGUCUUUACAACAAAUUAAUACGGUUGUCCCAAUCGCUCAAAACAUCUCUUCGUUACAACCACCGCAAAGCCCACAAAUCAAUCAAAUGAAUCAAGUCAAUCAGCUCAACCAAAAUAUUCAAGGCGAUAUUUACACACAACACAAUUCUACAGACCAAAUGUGGGAAUACAUCGCGUCGCCAGAAAACACACAAGUCGUCCCACUGACCUCCGACAAUUUCAUGCGGAUGGAGACUAUUUCGGAGAAUCUAAAACGACUCCAUGUGAUGGGACAGAUCAUGGCAGAGAACGGAUUUUUGCAAAGAUCCGACGCGAGAGUGAAAGAGAACAUCAAACCCCUUGUCGAUUCUCUUAACACUGUUUUACAGUUAACUGGCACGUCUUUCAAUUAUAUUGGAAAGCCUUGUGAGAACUUGGGAUUCAUAGCACAAGAGGUGAAAAAGGUGUGUCCCGAGUUAGUGCAAGAAGACGACAAUGGAGAACUUGCUGUCGAUGUCAUAGGAGUCAUCCCUCACUUAGUCGAGGCGCUUAAGGCUAUUCACAACAACGCAUCCUCCGAAACCCUCUCGAACAAUGAUAAAUUUAGAGAGUUAUCGAAGUCGACACAAGACGUUAUGGAGCUUGUAGAAGUCUUCCGGUCGGAGGUGCAAAACAAGCUCGACGAGGAAAAGGAGAACAAGAAGAAGUCGAUAGGGAAGAUGUUGUUCUUCAACUUCUCAUUUGGGCCAGCAAUAGUGACUUUAUUUGCUGCCAUUUUCUUCACCAUUUUCUCAAUUUUUGUGGUGUUUUCAUUACCCGAAUUUCCGUUCAUGUGGGGGUAUUGUUGGUUCACGACUAUCCUUUCUUAUUUGUCGUUGUGGAAUACUCGGGAUGAGCUCAUUUCUAUGUGGAAUGGGGGGUCUAUGAUACUCUACUUUGGACAUAACAACUUUGUAUCAGUGUACCUCUUUUUAAUGUUAGCUGCUAUUGGAGUAACAGUAAGUAUGGUGAUGGGAACAAUUGUACUUAUAGUGAUGGUGGUUUAUGUUUCACUGUUUGUUGUGAUUGGAGGGAUCUGCAUUGUGAUGCGAGGGAUGUUACACUUGAACUUUAAAGUGAUUGUAUCGGUGCAAGUCAUCUUUUUGGUGUGUGUUGUCAUUGUGUCUUAUUCACUGUUUGGAUCACAGCCGGGGUAUAAGUGCUACAUUAACAACCCAUCGACGACUAAUUUCGCACUUGAGAUGGAACUGAACACGCCUAUACAGCGACAGACAUUCUCUCCAUUGCCGUGGAACUGCAUGAAAUAUGAAGUGAAGUCUACACACCCCCUUCCUGCGGGGAUUAAGAUAGGGUCUGUAAGGACUGAUGUGGAAACAGUCCCUUAUUUGUAUGGAACAGUUACUGACUUCUUCCCGACAACCAAAGUCGAGAUGUUUCUCGAGUGUGCGUCAUAUGUUAAAUUGAGGUGUGGUGUUGUUACUAUGAGAAUUUGUGAAGGAAGAAACGAAACGUCUUGCGACGAGAAUCAGUGCCAGUGGUGUGGAGGGGAGUGUAAAAACUCGUGUUGA